AUGCAGCAUCCACGCGCAGUCCUGCCAGCAAGACGUAACGGGCUCUGGACACAAUCGGCCACUUUCACUCGACGCAAAUGUACGUCGGAGUCAGUAAGGAGGUGGACGAGAUGUUGUAGACAAUGGCACUUUUGGUGGAAGCUUGUGCGAGCAGGCAUGAGGCUUGACUAUGGGAGAGUGUGGUUCCCACUUUCGGCAAAAUCCACAAGCCGAACUGACGAAACACUCUCGGCUCGGAGCAUGGACGACCACCUUCCUGUUCGACAAGACCGCACUUUUCGGCACAGCCAACGGACAAACCGGAUGCCGCGACAGAAUUCAAUAUACCUUUCUGCCUCUCAUGGCGCCUCUCUCUCUCUCUCUCUCUCUCUCUCAAUCAAUCAAUCAAUCAAUCUA